GCCUGGGUGGACUCCAGGGGCGUCCAGUUUUUCGCGACGUCCAGGGAGGGCGACCCGACGGGGGAUCCGAACGACGCCGCCAUCUUCCGAGAGGCGCGGCGCCUGCUCUCGUCGCCCGUCGAUAUCAUCGCGCUGCUGGUGCAGGACAAGGACUUCAUCGAGCUGGCCCGUGACAUCUCGGGACAGCGUAAGGAUCGAACUCGCCAGAGCUCUGAGAGGAGGAAAACGUACCCAUACCUCUACCCUUCGCCAGGUGCUCCUCUUCUUGGGCCUCCUCGGAGCCCCUCGUCGCCACCGCUGGAUUCGCCUCGAAAUCCUGGUCAGAACGCACCCCAGGAAAGGUC